UGACUAUUCUCUUGGAUACUCCAAAACAAUCUUGCCUUUCCGAAGUGAAAAAAAAUGUGAAGUUAAGAUAAAAUCCUUUGAUGGGAUAUGAUUUAAGCCAGUUGCGUUGAGAAUGAUGGCGAAAAAUGAUCAAACAUGUAAAAAGGUUAAUGAAUCAAGUCGACUAUCCGCCGAACUGCAAAACGCUAACAAUAGAAAUUAGUUCGAAUUUCCUUCAGUGUCAAUAGGUGAUUAAUCAGCAGCACAAUGGCUCUAUUUAGAGAAAAAUCGGACAGAGUGAAAACACCAGCAUUAUUUCCAUGUGCUGCCAAAGUCAAAAUUCCACAACUUGGAUCUGAGGAAACAAACUUUGAAUUAAAACUUUCACACAAACCUGCACCCUCUUCAGUGAUCUUUAAAUCUUUUCAAGCACCAGAACCCGUACAGAGGAGUUAUCUCAAGAGGAUCAGUGCAGACUUAUCUUUCAGUGAAGAUGUUGUGCAUGAUAGAUGCUUUCAUAUGGUUCCUUAUGACAGGAAAUAUUUGUUCCAAGCUCUUGAUCCAUAUGAUAUUGUGUCACCUCCACCUCAUGCCAAAAUUCCUCCUGGUCGGCACGAUGCCAGAGGCAUGGAUCAAAGGCAUAUGCCAUGCCACUUAACAAAGUCAUACAAACCUCAACUCAAACCUCUCAAAAGAAAAAUCAUGGAAAGAGCUAGAGAAAUGCACAAAGCUGUGGUAACCCAAGACACAGAUACAGAUGUCUCCUCAGUGGACAGUUUCUUUAUGACAGAAGUCAGUGGAGCAUCAUCAGACAUCACCAAGACAGAAGAUGUCCAGCAAGUAGUGCAAAAGGAGAAGAAACAUGUAAAAAGUACCAAAGGAGUCAAGAAGAGAUCGCCAAGAAAAACAGCAUCAAACCAGAGUAGUAUUGACACUGAGAGAGAAACUCAGCAGGCUUGGGAAAGAUUUUGUAAGGAAACCUAUGACUGGGAUGCAUAUACUCUGUCCAGGGUUAGUUCUCACAUGGCAAAAUGGGUCGUUCUGGAAAAGAUGCCUGAAGGAGAAGAAAGGGAUCGUCUGAAGAAAUUGGUGGAAGCUUGGUAUGGGAGACAGGACUCCUCCGAUCUCUUGCUGGAGUCGCUAGGAGAGCUGAAGAAAGAAGAAACAGUUGACAAGAAAGAGAAGGACGAGAAAAAGCCACAGAAAAAGUGGAAGAAACCUGAAUCUACGAUUCUUGCUCGAGUGUAUGAGAUGGAUCUCGCAGAGGAUAUAACUGAACCUCAUGCUCAUGACCCUUACUCAGAUGACUCAAAGGCACCGUUUUACAGAAAACCUGUGGGAUUGAGACGGGCCAUCAAACAUGCAGAAAAGGAAGAAGAAGUGACGCAGAGUGCAGGUGCAAUCAAUGCCACUGCUGAUAUCACCAUUGACCGCACCUAUGAGCCCCCUGCUCCACCUACCAUUCGAGAUUUUAUCAAUCCUGCUGUGGGGGACAAGUUCUAUGAUACGAAAAAUCAGUUCCAGCAGGAAGUACUGACAGGAGCAGAACAGGUUCAUUUACCAGACUCAGAUAAGAUUGUGCUGAGUUCUGACAACAAGUAUCAGAAAAAGCUGCAGCCCCAGUAUCCGCAAAACCCAGAGAGCUGGUACAGUGAACAGGAAGUCACACCUCCACAUGAGAUGAAGGAGACACCACGCAUUAGGAAGGUGGAGAAAGGAUUGCGGCGAUGGAAGGAGCUUCCUCAGCCUACAGAUGACUCGGACGAGUUUAAUAUGAUUCCUCCCGGAUUUGAUCCGGAAUAUCAUAGAUCCCCUGAUCCCACAACUCGAAGACUGACCAAACAGAAUGCUGCUCUACUCCAAGUCAUUGAUGAAUGGAGACAGAAGUGGCAUCUUAGUGGUCAGUUUGAGGACAGUAAACCUGAUGACCUCAUCAAGGACAUGGCCGACAUUCAGAGCCAUGUCAGGUUAAAGGCUAUAGCAACCAUCGCCAAGGUAGCAGAGUACCACCCGCCUACACAGGAGAUCACAAUGUAUGGGGAAAUACCCUCACUGGCCCCACUUCAAGAGCUGCCUGAGAAACUGUUUGUUGCCUUAGAAUGUCUCCUAGAUGACAAAGUGGACCGAGUCAAAUUAGCUGCAGCCAUAACUUUGUUUUCAUUAAAUAGGCCAUGUGAAAAGGCCAGACAGUGUUUGCAGCAAGCCUUAAAAAGUGAGAGUAGUGUUGACAGAUGGGCAGCAGCCCAGUGUCUUGCCCAUGAUGGGCUAUGUAACUCGCUGGUGGUGGGAGAGAUUGUCCAACAGCUCCUGGAGACUGAGGACACUAUAAAGCAUGAAAAGGCCAUCUAUCUCCUGGGGAAACUGAGCAUCUUUUCUCCGUUGGUCCAUUGUAUGGUGGCUGAACAGUUAAACAGCAGUAGCUGGAGACAUAAAGUCAUUGCUUGUAAAAUACUGCCCACCCUGCAUGGUACUAUCAACAAGGAUGUUACAAACAAGCUGAUGGAUCUGAUGUGGAAUGAUUGGCACGAGGACGUUAGGAAGAGCGCCGCCCAGUGUCUGGGUAAAACUAGUCACGGCCGCGAGGUCCACGAUGACCUCAGAGAGAGGAUUGUCAAGGGCAACGAGGCGACCAGACUGGAAGCCAUCAGUAAAAUAGGACAACUCGGUAUUAUGACUGCAAAACUUCUCCCAGUAUUCUUGAAAUGUUUUGAGGAUGAAUACAUUUCUGUAAGGUCUGAAGUUUGUAUAACAUGUGGAAACUUGGAGAUCAAAGAUGAACAAGUCAUUAACAAACUGAUCCACCUGGCUACAUAUGAUCCAAUCUGGAAAGUCAAGGCCUUAGCCAUUCAAGCUAUGGGUAGGACAGGGGUGGUCAACGAGGAGAUCACCGAGACCCUGCUGUGGGCGGUCAGGUACGAGGAGAACGAGGGGGUGAGGGCGGAGGCCUGCCACACCCUGAUGAUGCUGAAGCUGAAGACAGAGGAAGUGGCAGAGGUUCUACAAGAAAGGUUCCUGGUGGAGUCCAAAAGUGUGGUCAGAGAUGAGAUUGCCAGUACCCUGGAGAUGUUUGGGAUCAGUGCUACAGAGGAUAUGGAUAUGGUGGCACAGAUCAAGAAUGAAGUCAGAAAGCUCUGCACCAAGGGCAACAUAGCAACACAGAUCACGAUCAACGAGGCCGACGAGCAGAAGCACGAGAACUUGAGCAGGAUGAUUUAUGAGAACGAGAAAGAACUUAAGGAAAGUGAAGAGGAAUUGCCUCCAAUGAUGGAGAGAAUUAGGUCAAUGAGCCAAGCCAGCGAUCAUUCAGACACCCACCAGAAGAAAAUGGCGGUGGUGGAGAGAGUCCAUACCCCUCACCAGAGAGCUGUCUCUCCUGCUCCCAGUCGGGAUGUGUUCACCCCCACGGCGGAAGAGGAACUCCAUCAGAUCCUGUCCAGAGAAGACACCCAAAGUGAGGCCGCCACCCCUGAUGCUAGGCCCACGUCUGACCAAGAACGUGAGUCUGACACUCCAAAAGAGCAGGGCACUCCUAAGGGGUCGGAUAAGUCCAGAGGCACCACUGAUGAUUGGGACAGCAGUGAGCGGGAAUACUCCUCGGUCACAGAUGGAAAGACCCCGGACACAGAGAGACCAACCAGUGUGGUCAAGUUUGCAUCAGAACUUCAGGUGGAGGAAAUACCUGGACGGUCCACACUAACUCCAUCUAAAUCAGCUAUGGAGGACAUGCGGGUAUCCACUCGACUGAGCAGCAUGGCAGGAGGCCAAGGGUCCACUGACACAAGAGCUUUCAGCCGUGAUGCCAUUAAAGAACGAGAGAAAAUCAACACCGAAGCAUUAAAGAGUUAUGCCGGUCUCGAUAUGCGAUACUACAGCAUGAUAGAAGACCUGAUGAGGGUAGACAAUACGUACGAGUUGGUGACAGGUCAAAAGCCUCCCCAGCUGGAAGUGGAACAAGUGAAGAAGAUUACACUGAUCCAGUCCCCUUCCUCCGCACUCAUCGCCCAGUCUGAUGAGGCAAUUCCAGUGGAUGAUGAGGAAGAAGAAGACGUCAAGCCAGCCGUAACUAUAACAGUUACCACAGAUGAAGGUGGUGUCCCGAGUUGAUUUGGAUUGAAUAUGAAUUAUGUGAAUUUUUUCCUCUAGGUCUGUCUAUUUAUAUCCAUUGUCAUUGUUACACUUCAAAAACUGUUGAUGUAUAUUUUGCAUGUUUAUCUGACUGUGAUAGUGUGUUUCUUUAUAAAGUCAAGGUUACACGACCUAUUCUGAAAUACAUGUAUUGUUUAAUAUAUUUAUCUUUGAAAA